AUGAGCACUAACAAGUAUAAACAUGAUCCAGUUCAUUAUGAAUUAGAACGUAAUGGUCCGAAACAAGAUGUAGAAUUCACUCGUGAACAAGUCAAUGAUUUGAUAAAAAAACACUUAAAUAAAACAGUAAUUAAAUAUGAUCCAUUGGAACGUGGUGCAAAUAAUUCAAUAUAUUUAAUUGUAACAGAAGAUCAACAUAAUUAUGUUUUAAAAGUUACUGGUCGUUUUUGGACAAAAUAUAAAACUGAAAAUGAAGUUCAUGCAUUAAAAUUAAUAUCAAAAUAUACAACAAUUCCAGUAUCAAAUGUUAUUGCUUUUGAUUCAAAUAAAUCAAAUGAUUAUGGAGAAGAAUGGAUUUUAAUGACAAAAUUGGCCGGUCAACCAUUAGAUAAACGUUGGCCAAAAAUGUCAAAAGAAGAAAAAAAAAAACUUCUUUUAAAAUUAUCAUUAUAUAUACAAGAACUGAAACAAAAUUUACCGAAAUUCGAUAAAAUCGGUGGUUUAUCAUCAUUUGACACAAUUGGAUCUGAUCCUCAUGGAAAUGGUCCAUGGUUAGGAUUUCAAGAAUUUUACAAUGAUCGUUUACAAGUUGAAAUAGAAGCUUUAAAACAAGAUAAUGUUUUUGAUCCCAUACGUACAGAUGUUUUAAAUAUGUUGAUGAAUUUAAAAAAUUAA